UGGACCAACAACCAGGGAACGCAGCAACACAGCUCCAGUGGAGGUACUAAUGCGAAGAUUGGUGGGACCCAGGAAUUGUUGGAACAGGAGGAGGAGAUCGCAAUCCUUACUGAGAAAGACAUCAUGGACAAAAGCCAUUCAAAGAGAAAACACCGUAGUAGAAGUCGUUCAGAGUCUCAUAAAUCUGUGAAGAAGAAAUCUACUUCUCGCCAUCGAGAUAGCAGCAGCAGCAGUACUUCACCUCCACGGAAGAGCUCAUCUCAUUACAAAUAUCAUGCUGAUACCUCUAGGAAAGAGAAAAGAAAGAAGAGAAAGAGGAAGCUGAGCAGAUCAUCUUCAUCCUCAUCUUCCACACCAUCAGAGAAAAAGAAAAGAAGAAAGCGUACGACUAGUACAUCUUCCUCUAGCUCAUCGUCCUCAUCAAGCAGUUCAGGUGAAUCAAGCGACAACUCUGAGUGUAGGAGUCAGAAGAAAAAGAAGAAAGAUAAAAAAUUGAAGAAGAAGAAAAAGGUGAAAAAGAAAAGCAAAAAACAUAACAAGAAAGAUAUUCUCAAAGUGCAAUGCCAGGGAACGCCAAAUAGGACUGAAGAUUUCCACCCUGGACCCUCUCUAGAUCUGUGGCAGAAGGAGUCUGUAGAAAACACCAGCCCAGUUUUGACCGAUGAACAAAAAACUCGUAUUCAAGCAAUGAAACCAAUGACCAAGGAAGAAUGGGAUGCCCGGCAGAGUGUUAUUCGCAGAGUGGUGGAUCCUGAAACUGGUAGAAUGAGACUUAUUAAAGGAGAUGGUGAAGUACUGGAAGAAAUUGUAAGCAGAGAGCGUCACAAGGAGAUUAAUAAGCAUGCAACAGCAAACGACGGGUUAACUUUCCAGAUGAUGUCUGGGAUGUAAUAAUGGCCAUUUCCUGCAAAAGUCUGAUUAUUAUGCCUACACUUUGGCCAUCCAGGUGAAAAUUCCAAGGUAUCUAUCCAGACAUUAGACCAUGUUAGAUAGAAACCUUAAUGCUUUGAAAACUGCAUUGUACAGAGUACUAGAUUGAUGUGUGGUUUAAUUGUAUUAUACUGACAGAAUCCUCUUGUAGGAUCACCUCAGUAUGUUCUACAGUUUUUCUCACAGUAAAUAAAAGUAAGCCUGUAUUAUACUUUGUCAGUUGGAUUUAAAUAUGUGAAAAGCAAUCUAAGUUUAGUGAACUUUUUCAAAUUAUUCCAAUCAGCCCACUAAUAUCAGA